CUCAGCCACUCUUCGGACCGCAGAUAAAACGGUUCAAUCCCACCCUACCUUCUUCCUUUUCAACCUCAUCACCUUUGUCCUGCACGAAGGACUGAAACCGCCUUUUUCUCUCUUUUUGGCAAGACCCCACGGGCCUGAGAGAGGCCCGUCCGCGCAAUACAAUCAUGUCCACCGCAGUGUCUUCCGCCGUGGCAUGUAUUCAGCUCGCAGCAGUCUUCUACUACCAGCCGCAGCAACAGUAGUUACGAUUCCCAUCAAAACCACCUUCAUCCCGCAGACCUCUAUUUGCAAUCUUACGAUCCGCUCUACCACCCCAACCCCCUUUCCUACUCUCCGCAGUCGUCCCUAGAAUCACAAAUCAACCCAUCCGGUGAUGAGUUCACUGGCCUCGAAUCCUGGGAUACUUGGGCUACGCUCGAUGCCAGUUAUUAUCAGCCAUCGAUAGCCAGUUCGACUGCUCUCUAUCCGACACCUGUUAUAGAAUCACUGCCUACACCUGUCAAUAAUGAUUUCACUUCGAUCCUGGAACUUCAUGACUCUCAAGAAUUCCUCCAAUCCCUUGAUGCUGGUCUAACAUGUCCUGAAGAUUACUGUCCUGAGCCCGCUACCACUUUGCCGCCUCCACCUGCAACCAUGACAUCGUCCCCCAGCUCAUCGUCUCCUUCCAGCGAGUCUGUUCCUACUCCAUCAGUUUCUGGCCCUGCAAAAUCCACCAGCACCUCUCGCAUUGAGAAGCGCCAGCAGAAUACACUGGCUGCUCGCCGGUAUCGGCAAAGGCGAGUGGAUCAGCUGAAGAGUUUGGAAGAGGAACUGCGCAAAGUGAAAGAGGAGCGUGAUGCACUAAAGAUGCGCGUCUCUAAGUUGGAAGGUGAAACGGAAGCCCUGAGAUGUCUUGCCGGACGGCAAAAGAAAUAGUGACCUAUCGCUCUAUGCUCUAUACUUCUGGAUAUGUAGAUUAGUGACAUUAUAAUUGAGAGGGAUCUUGCCGUCAUAGUUCGUCCAUUUAGUGCCCCCUUCACCGUAGGAAAUAAUUAAUACCUGUAAGGAUUACAGGGUAAGCAAACUAGAUCAUCCAAGCAUGGCAGUGCAAAACAGUGAGAAAAUUGUAUGUGGGGCUCUGACGAUGUCGACAGAUAAAUUUAAUCCUUCAUGUGUAGGAUAUAGAAUCUUUCAGAGAUGGAUUUCUUCUUCAUGCCCGUAGAAAUUGUGGAGUAACAAACGGAGGGCAAUUAAAGUGGAUUCAAACUGACCCUAUCAAUCAAGGUUCCGUGGAUCGUCCGGAGGGGUAACAAAUAUCAUACUCGGUAUCUGUAUGACAUUUCAGUACCGUAUGGGGUAUCAGUGAUAUACAC